AAUUAAGACUGGCGCGACACACUACCACUACGGUACGCGUGCAUGAGAAAUCGGAUAUUUGUGGAAAAUCUGAAUCUCGAGGAAGAAGAAAUCCGCCAUUUGUACUUUUUGUAGAUUAUAUUUGGCUCUCGGGGUAUAGUCCGCUACGAUUGGGAAGAAACAUCACAGCAUCUCUAGAUCCUAUUAGUGUUCAUCUUCGUCUUGUCUCAUCCGAGUUCUGGAUGAGAGGAAGAAUUUCAGUCAUCAUCUUGCCAGUCAGUGAGGGGGAGAGAGAGCCUUGAAAGAGUCCUGUGUUGGUCAGACUCGGAGAGGAGUUUGAAUCGUGAGACUGGCUGGACCUUAUCAUCUCACAGGCCAAACCAUACUGUUUACCGUCAUUUGUUGUGUUGCAAGCUCAGAACAUAUUUUCCGGAGGCGGAGAGAUUGUUGGAAUGGGUGACAUUCAUCUUCCUGCUAAGGUAAUCAAUGGUUGUGUAGCGGGUGUAGUCGGUGUGACUUGUACCUUCCCCAUUGACUUGGUCAAGACUAGGCUUCAAAAUCAACAAGUUAUUGAUGGAAAACGCAUCUACAACAACUUGUUAGAUUGUUUCAUAAAGACCACCAGGGCAGAAGGCUUAAGAGGAUUAUACCAUGGUGAGUUAACUUCAUCUUCUUCAUAUCGGGGGAAUGUCGAGUACACCCAUUGCACAUUUGGGCGAUUCCAUACGUGUCGUACAGGACAUUUUGUCAACAAUUUCUAGUCUCUUUAUAGCUGAUUGCUUGAGCAAUGAAAAAUUAUUUUUGGUCAAUAAUAUUAAAGUUAUAGUGGGUAGUCAUGUGAAAAACUGAUUACCAACAAAAAAUAUUUGAUUAUAGCUGAAUUAAGGGCAAAAAUGUUGUGUGUCGUACGGGACUCAGAAAUGUCCCGUACGACAUGCAACAUUUUCACCUCUAAUUCACCCAUGGACAGCAUAUUUUUGUUGGUCGUCAUUUUUUUCAUAUGUCUACCCAGUAGUACUCUAUUGUUACCACAAAACAAAUUGAAGUACUUCGUUUGUUUGGACAAUAGGUUGAAAAAUGUUGCAAAAAUAGCUGAUUUUUCUAGCAUGGAAUCGCCCAUUUGCAGACAAUGUAGGCCUACAUUGGGUCAAGAUUUUCUGUCUCCAACAUAGCAAGAAGCCUCUUAUUAUUCAGGUAGGGUUGGCUCUUGCUACUUUUAGAGCCUACCCUACCUGAAUAUUAAUGAGGCUCACUCCUGAUUUAGAGUCGGUCUACAUGUAGGUCUACAAUACAUACAGUAUACUGUACAUGUAAACAUGUGCAUUAGCAUGCCUUGGAAUGAAUACCAAAUAUACAUGUACCAUGUCAUAGAAAAAGUAUUUGUAUACAUGUAAUAUGCAACUUUAUAUAGGAAAGCCUGUUUAUACAUGUAUGACAUCGAAAUACCAAGUAUUUGGCCAAAGAAAUGUGCUGACUGAUUCGCCCCCACCGGCUAACAAGUCGAACAUCACAAGGCAAAUCAACUGUUAUCAACAAUAUAAUUAUACAUUUUUUUUUUGGUGAGAUGUAUUUAUGUAUGUUUUCAUUGUUUUGAAUUUUAAUAUCAAUUUUGCCAAAACAAUAAAGAAUUUGUAUGUACAUGUACAGUAUACACAAAUCGCUGUCCAUAAUAAGACCAAUAUUCAAAUAUUAUAAGAGAUUCAUAAUAAUAUUACCAUGAACAUGUACAGGAGUAUAUUGCUCUGAGCUAUUUGAAUCAUUUGAAUAUCUGCAAUGCAGGACAUCACCUCAGGCCUGUCCUUGCAGGAGGAUACACUCUGGGAAUUGUUUGUAAACAUUAGCCAGGGCUCCACACUAACCCUUUUUUUCUACUUGUCCAAAUAGUUCAUGUCGGACCAGUUUUUCCAUAUUUUAAUGGUCCGAACCUAAAAUAUGCUGGUCCCCCCAAAUGAAGGAAAACAUAAAAAGACUUGAGUUUAUUUUGGUGUCUUAAUUUUAUUGCCCCCCCCAAAAAAAAAAACAUACAACAAACGGUACACUCACACAAUAUAUCUCACAAGCGCCAUUUCUCAAUUUUGGAGAACCAUUCUCUAAGAUAACAGAGCCAUUUUUUAAUUCACAAAAGAGGAGAAAAUAUCAUUUGUAUCAGUUUGAUAUAUUUUUUACUGGUCAUGUCGGACCAGUAAAUCUGGCUAUCUCUGAAAAGUCACUGGCCCCACAGCAAUUUUUUACUGGUCUGGGACCGUCGGACCAGUGCCAGUGUCGUGUGCUGCAUUAGCAUCAUCUAUUC